AUGCGUCUUAUUGAUUUGUUGCCAAGCAAAACUGAUCUCGAAAAGAAAAUUGAGAUUGCCACAUUCUUCAGUCGAACGCAGCACAUAUUCAUUAGACUUGAAGCACUUGUAAAGUGGUCGAACAGUGCGUCAAAGGUUGACAAGUGUGAGAAAAUCUCCAACUUUUUAGAAGAACAAACAUUCUUCUUAAUUAGCACAGCUAAUGCUCUUUCCAGACUUCUCAGGGAAACACUUGUCAGUGCCAGAUUGCCUCCUUUUUCUGUGCUUAGUGCUAUAGAGGUUUUCACUAAAAAAGGAUACACUCGUCUUCCUAAGUCAAUUAAGAAUUGUGCUAUUGUUGAACAAUCGAUAUAUGAAAAAGAAAAGAAGGAGAUUUUAUUAAAUUUGAACAGUUUAAUUCAAACUCGUCUUAGCCUUAGUCAGAUACCAAAUCAGUUCCGAAAAAUAAAAAUAGCUAACGGACGUGCGCAUUUUCUCGUUCCAAAUGAAUUCAGUGUCACAUUAACUCUAAUGUCAGAGGCACUUGAUUUCCCAUGGCGAAUUCUGGACAUCAAGUUUUUAAUAAAAGACCCAUUGAUGAACUAUCAGGAUCUUGUCCAUCCUGCUCAGACAAGGCUUAUCAUCAAUCAGGCUCAGUCACGUCUUCUUCAUCGUCAGUUCGAUAAACGUCCACCACUUGUUCAUCUUUACGACAUGUUGCAUGCUUUUAGCUUAUCACUUCAACUGGAUAUGUUGCAUGAACAAGCGCAACGGAUACGUUCAAAACGGUCACCGGACCAGUUCACCAUAGAGGCGUAUAGGCCUAGUAGGUGUCUAUCGAUCUGUUAUUGGCAUGGUUUAGCCAGGACUCAAUAUAAUUCAAUCAUGAGUCUAGAUGGAAAAUUACAUCCUACUGCUUAUUCACUCACCAUUCAUGUUGAUAUGACAGAACCUCGGCGACCGCUGUGUCUAAGCCAUCGUCCGGAAAUUUCCACUUCUCUAACUCAGUUAUUUGGAACUACAGUACAUGGGAACUGUCUUUCUAUUGAAACUCUUUUGACACAAACUAUGUUCGCUCGAGCCAAACAAAUGUUACAGGAUUUGAGACAAGAGUUACUUGUCCUUAGUCCGGGACCUAUACGUUUGACUGAUGCGCCAUUAUGCCUCUAUGUACCAGUUUUAUGGCCUUGUGGAUCACAAGAAUCCUUACAAGUGCGUGUAGAUCCUGUCCAGGGAUUUAUAUGCGCUUCUUUUCCACUUCUCACCUCACUUGACACGGAAUUCGGUGCUAUGAGUUCCCCUGUCAAUGUUCCUUCAAAUUUUACCGGUAUUUCUGAAAAUUUUUCCCGUUCCAGUGCUAUCAAUGCACUCAGCUCAUUGGAAUCGGCUUUCAAUCAAGCCUCCUCGAAUCGUGUUCGUGUUGUCACCGCCUCCGGCGGUCUAGUUCAACCUUCUUCACAUGAAAGUGAUCGUAUUUCGUCGAUCCAGUCAAGAAGUCUACGUAAUCUAGCCCAUGGAGAUGUUCGUUGGCGUUCCAUGAUAUCUGAGUGUUUGGAACAUCUUCGACUGUGUUUAGGCCUGACGAGAUUAAUGCAAACAGCCAAGAUCCAUCGACCAUUUUGGCAUCCAUUUAAACGACAUCUCCCAUUGAUUUUGUCUCCAGUUCAAGUGGUCCAGGCAAAAACUCCCUGGUGUGAAAUGUUGAUCCGUCUGCAACAAUCAUGUGGUUGGCCAAUCCUUUUCGCUCAGUUAUUUCCUAAUAAUGAAUACUAUAUAGUCUGUGAAGUGAUACUGGCUCCACUGAAUGUUGAGUACAAGUAUUAUUUGAUUGUUUGCAGUGCACUUCCUGAGCACUAUAUGAGUAUUACAACAAAUUCACAGGGGGUGCUUGUCUAUAACCACAAUGACGUAAGUUCCACAACUGUUGGGCAACAUCCGAGUGAAACAGGCUUAUUUCUCCAGGUGACUCACUUUACACCACUUUCACCUGAUAUUGUCUGGUCAAAUAAUCCAUCGAUAACAGUGAGUUUUUGA